UCACAGGCUCCACCAACUUUUGUUGACCAAAUUAUUGAAGUUAAUUAGAAAAACAUAUGGAUGCAAGCUUAAUCUAUUGAGAAUCUCUAUCACUGUACAUCGCCAUCUUGCCUUCAAUUUUUUCUGUGAAUACUCAAAAAACCUUUAUUCAAAUAUGGAUGCUAUUGUUGAAGCUGCUUGUUCUUCCUCUUCUUUGAACUCGAAAAUCCAGCCAUGGAAGCAUCAUGUUUUCUUGAGCUUUAGAGGAGAAGACACUCGAAAAGGCUUCACAGCCCAUUUACACGAUGCUUUGCAACGAAGGGGUAUCAUAACCUUCAUAGAUGAUGAGCUUCAGAGAGGAGAUGUUAUUUCCCUUCAACUCCUUCGAGCAAUCGAGGAUUCUCUCAUCUCCAUUGUCAUUCUUUCCCAGAAUUAUGCUUCCUCGAGUUGGUGUUUGGAUGAACUCCAAAAGAUUCUUGAGUCAAGAGAAUCAUUGAAAAGAGACGUCAUCCCAGUGUUCUAUAAUAUAGAUCCAUCUGAUGCAAGACAUCAAAUAGGAGCCUUUGCAGAUUCCUUCACAAAACACUUUGAAAGAUAUUCUAAAGAGAAAGAGAAGGUAGAAGGAUGGAGACAUGCCUUGAAAGAAGUAGCAAAUAUAUCCGGCUACCACUCUGCGGAUCAGCUUGAACCAAAGUUAAUUGAAGAAAUUGUCACAAGUGUAUGGACAAAACUACAGCCUCACAUGUCAUAUUGUUACAAAACUGAACUUGUAGGAAUGGAGUCAAGGAUUGAAGAAGUGAAUGCAAUUUUAGAGAUUGGAUUGAAUGAUGUUCGCUUUUUAGGAAUUUGGGGUAUGGGCGGUAUCGGCAAGACAUCCCUUGCAAGAGCUAUCUACGAGAUAAAUUGUAAUCAUUUUGAUCUUUAUUACUUUUUUGCUAAUGUUAGGGAUGUUUGUCAAAAGGAAGGAUGUGUUCCAUUGCAAAGAAAAUUUGUUUCACGUUGUGGGAAGUUGAGAAGUAUAGAAUUUGACGAUGAAUAUGAAGGAAUGAAGAUCAUAAGGAGCCUUCUCUUUAAUCAAAAAGUUUUAAUAGUACUUGAUGAUGUAAGUGAGAUGAACCAGCUUAAAUACCUAGGAAUGAAGUCAACAUGGUUGGGUCCUGGAAGUAGAGUAAUAGUAACAACUAGGGAUAAACAGUUACUGGCAACACAUGGAGAAUUUGAAACAUAUUCUGCAAAAUUAUUGAACAAUGAAGAAUCUCUUCAACUCUUUUGUCAAAGGGCUUUUAAAAGUGAUAAGCCAACUCAAGAUUAUCUGGAGUUGUCUAAGAGUGUGGUUCAGCUUGCUGGAGGCCUUCCUUUGACACUUGAAGUGCUAGGCUGUCAUCUUUAUGGAGCAACUAUUGCAGAGUGGAGAGACGCUUUGGAGAAAAUAAAGAAAUGUCCACCUAGUGACAUUAUAAAUGUGCUUCGAGUGAGUUAUGAAGCAUUAGAUAAUAUGGAGAAAAAGAUUUUCUUAGACAUUGCAUGCUUCUUCAAAGGAAUGUGUAAAGAUGAAUUGAUAAGAAUAUUGGAAAUUUGUGAUUUUCAUCCAACAAUAGGAAUCAAAAGACUUGUUGAGAAAUCCUUAUUAGUGAUUGGCAGACGUGAUAAAGUGAAUAUGCAUGAUAUAUUACAAGAAAUGGGUAAAUAUAUUGUUUUUGAGGAAUCACCAGCUAAUGUCGGUAGACGCAGCAGACUAUGGUCAACAGAAAACAUUAAUCAUGUAUUGAAAAACAAUGAAGGAACCAAUUUAAUUGAGGUCAUAUAUCUUGACUCACCCAUGCAAUAUGAGGCAAGUUGGGCUCCUGAUGCAUUCUCAAAGAUGAGUAAUCUCAGAAUACUUAUCAUAUCAUGUGAUGUACAUCUUCUCCAUGGACUCAAAUGUCUUCCUAGUUCAUUAAAAGUUCUUGAAUGGAAGAAGUAUCCAUUGAAAUAUAUUCCAAUUGAUGUUCAACUUCAUGAACUUGUUUACCUCCAAAUGCAUCAUAGCACACUCAUAGAACCUUGGAAAAAAACUCCGAUGCUUGAAAAGUUAAAGCUCAUUGACUUAAGCUAUUCAGAAGAUCUAAUUCAAACUCCUAAUUUUUCAAUGCUUUCAAAUCUUGAGCAUCUAAUACUUGAAGGCUGCAUAAAACUUGUUGAGGUUCAUCCUUCACUGGGAUAUCAUAAGAAAAUUGUUGAAGUGAAUUUGAGAGAUUGCAAAAAUCUUAAAGCUAUACCUGGAAAAGUGGAAAUGGAUUCUCUAAGGACAUUGAUCCUUUCUGGCUGCUCAAGAGUAAAAAGGCUUCCUGAAUUUGGGGAAAAUAUGAAAUGCCUAUCAAUGCUUGAGUUGAAAGAUUGUAAAAAUGUUAUAUGCCUUCCGAGUUCUUUAAGAAACCUAAAAUCUCUCAAAAACCUCAACAUUUCUGGUUGCUCAAAAAUGGUUUCACUGCCAAACAAUUUGGAAGAAAAUAAGGGUAUAGAGGAGCUUGAUGUGAGUGGAACUGCGAUAAGAGAGAUACCAUCAUGUGUUGUUGGUCUAAAACAUUUGAGAACACUAAAUGCAAAUGGGUGUAGAGGUUUUUCACAUGAUUCAUCAAAGAAUUUACUUUCCCCAAUUGUAAACAUGCUUGGGUUCAAUAGAUAUGAGUCUGCUUUAAGCUUGAUGUUGCCUCCUUCAAUCUCAACUUUAUGCUCUUUGAGAGAAUUGAAUUUAAGUUAUUGCAGUUUAAGUGUCGAAUCAAUUCCAAAUGAUCUUGGGUGUUUACCAUCUUUGAAGCUACUUGAUCUUAGUGGAAAUGAUUUUAGCCACCUACCUUCUGGAAGUUGCAUUCUUCCUCUUCUAUUCUCAGGUUUAUCCUCAUUGAAAUAUUUGGGUCUCAAAGAUUGUAAUCUCUAUGAUGGUUCACUCCCUGAUGAUCUUAGGUCCUUAUCAUCCUUGGAAGUACUAGAUCUUGGAAGAAACAAAUUUACUACUCUUCCUUCUGGCUUUGUUUCAAAUAUUUUAGCUCUAAGAUCUCUUACUUUGGAUAGUUGCACCAGGCUCUUAUCAUUGCCAGUUGUUCCGCCCAAUGUAGGAUAUAUAAGUGCCAUAGGUUGCCAUUCUUUAAUGGAACCCUCAUCAUUUCUAGGGUUCCUUUCUUCAUCUUACUAUUUUUCAAACAGGCCAUCAACUGGAAUACCUUAUCCAAUUCGUUAUAUAAGUCUAGGGAGUGAAAUCCCACCAUGGUUCCAUAAUCAAAACAUUGAUUUCUUGGCCGAGAUUGAAGUUUCUUCCACCGAACGUGUUUAUCAAUCACGUCAAUUUGCCAUGGACAAAGAGAAUAUUGGUUCUUUUCAGUUUCACUGCAUUGUAUCCAUAAAAGCAGAUCUCUCUCGAUUUCGUGGUUCAAGUGAACAGUGGGGAAUUUCUCUUUGCUUUGUACUACAAGACAUAGUGCCAACAAAUGCUAGAAACCUAGACCAUCGCCUUGCCAUUUAUUAUGGUUAUGAAACUGAUCGUGAUAAUUUAAUACGCAAGAAAUAUGACUGGGGUUUUAGUUGGGAGACUUAUUUGGAAGCCUAUGAUCCUCAUCUAUGUAUUGUGUUUAUUCCUUCUGGUUUUCUGCCCAAGGAAUACAAUCAAGUUGAGUUAAUAUUUACUACUGCAAGGUUCUGGCCUAGAAGUAGAGGUUUGGUUUUAAUAAGAAAGUGUGGGUGGCGUGUGACAAGCAAGGAAGACAUUGAGGAGUGGCAGAGAUCAAAGAAUGCAAGCAUGCUCCAGAUUCCAUGAAGAUGCUGAAACAGAAUUAUAAACUCAAGUGGCUACUCCUCAUUGAGAAUCUGGGAGUAACAUAGGCAGCAAUGGGGGAAGAGAGAGAGAGAGAGAACAACACCAGCACGUGCCUUCUUUGUUGAUGUAUUUAUUUUAAAUUAAUGCACGAGCCUUCCAAAUUAGUAGUGUGAAACAUUGUAUAUAUUUGCAGAGUCUAUAAUAUAAGUGAUUCAAGAGGAUAGAGCACGUUAAUGGCUGGGGAAAUUGCGGAAAAGAAACUGAUGGUAUAGUCAUUCACUUAGUUGAGUAAAAGGAUCAAGAUCUUUCAAGUAAA